AUGCUCGACACUACAGAUAUGGAUCGGGACAUCAUGCCAGUUAUCCACCAGCCCGUGAAGGUGUACCGAUCGCAGUGGGGGCAGCAGUCGCAGCGAGACCAGGGAGCAGCGUGGCUGCUUAUAACGGAGCAGCAGGUGGGGUCCGCAGAGGAUGGAGGGGCAAGCCGUGACUCUGUAAUGCGGAUGGCGCAGGAUGAGGCGACAAAAGAGCUGGCGGACACGCGGGCAGGAGAGGAAGCAAUGCGUGGGGAAGAGGAGGGGUCGGAGGGAAGAGAGGAAGCAAUGCGAGGGGAGGAGGAGGGGGCGGAGGGAAGAGAGGAAGCAAUGCGUGGGGAAGAGGAGGGGGCGGAGGGAGGAGAGGCAGCAAUGCGUUGGGAGGAGGAGGGGGCGAAGGCAGGAGAGGCAGCAAUGCGUGGGGAGGAGGAAGGGGCGGAAAGGGAGUGCGGGGUGGAGGAGGAGCGGAGGGCGGGGGAAGGGUGGAACGUGACGGGGGUGGCGAGGUUCGGGCGAGUGGAGGUGGAGGGGGCGGGGGCAGAGCGCGCUUUUGUCAACCAGCGCACAUGCUUCUCUGUGACUGACUGCAAGGCGAGGGGCCGCAAGCCCCUCUCCACUCCAUCGCCCCUCUCCACUCCAUCGCCCCUCUCCACUCCAUCGCCCCUCUCCACUCCAUCGCCCCUCUCCACUCCAUUGCCCCUCUCCACUCCAUCGCCCCUCUUCUUUCUCCCGCAGGCAGCGCGCGUUUUUUGUGGCGCUACUCGCCUUUGA